AUGUCGAGUGCCCAAGUACCAUGUGCUGCAUGCAGCUGGACCAUUGAGCGUCAAGAUUCUUGUGGCUAUCAAAGCAAUGUCAAAAUUUUCUAUGCCGUCGGUGAUCGGGCAACUUGGGAAGUUGGUUCGCAGAGAAUUGUUAAAGACAGGUCUAGCCAUCCUCCGAAUUCAGAAGCCGAGAAUCUUCGAUUCGUCCGCGUAAAUACAACCAUACCUGUUCCCGUUGUGGUCGAUGACUGGAACGACCGGGGUCGUCACUUCUUGAUCACGGAACGCAUACCCGGCACACCACUCAGUGAGGUUUGGCUAAACUUGUCUGAAAGUGAUAAGGAUGGUUACGCCAAGCAGACAGUUGAAUAUCUCCAUCAACUUCGGACUCUCUGCUCAACGAGAAUACAAAGUAUUAACGAACAGCCCGUAUACUCGGCAUUUCUGUUCCGGGACGGCUAUGGAAUCCCCCAUGGCCCUUUAACCUCUGACGAACACCUCUGGUAUGAAAUGGCCAAGGGUUUGAAGAACGCGCCGCAGGACCUUCAAGACCUUUUAAGACGACGCAUGCCAUCGGCCCAGCCGUACACCUUUACCCAUGGCGACCUGACUUUAAAGAAUAUUAUUGUUCAAAACGGCAGCGUUACGGGAAUUAUUGAUUGGGAAAGUAGUGGGUACUUUCCGGCUUGGUGGGAAUUCGUCUCUACUACGAUUGUCGAUAGUGAAGAUGACCGUUCGUGGAAGGAACGAUUGCGUGAGCAUAUGGAGGAUUGGGAUGAGGGAUUACAGUUUUGGCGGUGUUAUUAUAAUCUCUCGAGAUGGCCAAGUGUCGAUGAGAAGCUGCUGCAGUGGCUUCAACGACCAGACGAGAGAGAGCAGGUAUGA